UCAAAUCGGUUCAACAUUUUGCACACAGAAAGGUAAAAAACCACCAAUAGGUGGUCAAAAAUCUAGAAGCAGAAGCAAAAUGGAGAGCCUACUCGAAUCAUCCAAUCGCGAUUUCGAUGAAAAUACACGGCGGGUCAACAACGCCGUAUUCAUUUCCAAGGAGCACCACAGCUCGGAAGAUAGCGGAACCGAGGACAGCGAUUCAUGUUCCAUCGUAUCCGCCCUGACCGCUGGAACUCUUAGGGCGGAUGAAGAACAUUACUAUUCAGAUUCAAGUACCAGCACGGCAGUUGGAAAACCCUUGCCAAAACGUAGAGAAUACGACCCGGAAGCGUAUCAGAAAUGGUUGAAAGCUAAAACUGAAGCGGAACGCAAGCGAAAAGAAAAGGAACUCAGACGAAAGAAACACGAGGAAAUCAAGAGAAAGCUGGAAGAAGAAAGGCGAAAGCAGGAAAGUGAAGAGAAAUUGAAACGCUGGACGGAACGAAAGGAACAGGAAAAGCAAAGGAAGCAACAGGACCCCCAGAAUGGGAAUAAGAGAGAGACACAACUGAGGAAAAAGUGGGUCCCAAAUGAAGAAAGUGAAACGACUUUCAAGGCUUGGCAGGACCGAAUUAAGCAACAGGAGGAAGAAAGAAAACGUCGCCUGGUGGCUAAGCAACGCAUGGAGGAAAAGUUCAAAAAGGAACGGCAGCAUUUUUCGAAAUUGGUCUACGACGAUUGGCUGAAGUCGUCUUCGUCGAAGCCGAAACCCGUACCACUAAACCAGGGAAUCGCCAGUCUUCAGGGUUCCAUCUCCAAGAUGUACAUAAAUCCCGUCCCAUGGAAGAGUAACAUUGACUGA